CAAAAACACCACCGGAAACACUGUUAAACCGGCGGCGUUGGUCACCGUCACAAUUAUAAUUUUCCGGCGCCGUUCAACCAGAAGGUAAACAAUCAAACUCACAGAGUUCCACUGAGUCUGAUCUUUCAUGCUAAUCAAACUGUAUUAAAAAGAGGAAAAUGAGCAUCGUACCAAAGGAGACCGUUGAGGUCAUAGCACAGAGCAUUGGCAUAAACAAUUUAUCUCUAGAUGGUGCAUUGGCGCUUGCUCCUGAUGUAGAAUAUCGUAUGCGGGAAAUUAUGCAGGAGGGGAUUAAAUGCAUGCAUCAUUCAAGAAGGACUACAUUGACCUCAGAUGAUAUUGAUAGUGCACUUAGUAUGCGAAAUGUUGAGCCACUCUAUGGAUUUGCAUCUGGAGAUCCUUUGCGUUUCAAGAGAGCCCUUGGGCACAAAGAUUUAUUCUAUAUAGAUGACAAGGAUGUGGAUUUUAAAGAGGUGAUAGAAGCCCCAUUACCAAAAGCACCACUGGAUACUUCCCUUUUCUGUCAUUGGCUGGCAAUUGAAGGGGUACAACCAGCGAUUCCAGAAAAUGCUUCUAUUGAAGUUAUUGCGGCUUUACCAGAGACUAAAAAGCCUGAGCGAAAGAGUGAUGAGCUGCCUGUAGAUAUUAGAUUCCCUGUAAAGCAUGUCUUAUCUAGAGAGCUUCAGCUAUACCUCACCAAAAUUACCGAGCUUGCAUUAAACAUGCCUGAUUCUGUUCUUUUUAAGGAAGCACUAAUGAGUUUGGCUACAGACUCUGGACUGCAUCCUUUAGUACCUUACUUUACAUGCUUUAUCGAAGAUGAGGUAAAGGUUUCUCUUGGUCUUAAUAAUUUCCGGCUUCUCUUUGCUUUAAUGCGGCUUGUUUGGAGUCUUCUCCAGAAUCCACACUUACAUAUUGAACGUUAUUUGCACCAAUUGAUGCCACCUGUUGUUAGCUGUAUUGUUGCAAAAAGGUUAGGAAAUCGAAUUGCUGAUAAUCACUGGGAGCUUAGAGACUUUACUGCCAAACUUGUGGCUACUAUAUGUAAAAGAUUUGGGCAUAACUAUAGUAGUCUCCAGACCCGUUUGACUAAAACAUUUCUUAAUUCAUUUUUGGAUCGGAAACGGUCAUUGACACAACAUUAUGGUUCUGUUCAAGGACUAGCUGCUCUUGGACCUCAUGUGGUUCGCCUUCUUCUUUUGCCAAAUCUUGAGGCAUAUUUAGGCUUUCUUGAAGAAAUCUUUAAGAACACAAAAAAGGAAACGACAAGAUAUGAAGCUUGGCGUGUAUAUGGUGCACUGUUGCGUGCCGCAGGAAGAUCUAUUUAUGAUCUGCUCAAGUUUUUCCCGGUUUUACCAUCCCCACCUCCAAGUUCUGUUUUGAAGACCAAUCUGAAGGUUAUUAGUACACAAGAAACACGUAAACGCAAGGUUAAUGCAGAAGAGUUGGAACAGCAGCCAUCUCCAAAGAGAAGGAUUACUGAUGGACCUUUGGUUUCACAGUCUGAUAACAACAUCAUGACUCGAGAUGUCCGAGACAAAAAUGCUGCUAAUGUUGGUGAAUCCGAUGACAACACUGUGACAAAAGAUGUCCAAGACAAAACGUCUGAUAACACCACAAUGAUAGAAGACGUCGAAGAAAAAAUUUCUAACAGCAUGACAGAAGAUGUUCAAGACAAACCGUCUAACACCACCAUGACAGAAGAUGUCCAAGACAAGACGUCUAAUACCACCAUGACAGAAGAUGUCCAAGACAAAACGUGUGACACCACCAUGACAGAAGAUGUCCAAGACAAAACGUCUGACACCACCAUGACAGAAGAUGUCCAAGACAAAACGUCUGACACCACCAUGACAGAAGAUGUCCAAGACAAAACGUCUAACGCUACAAUGGCAGAAGAUGUCCAAGACAAAACGUCUAAUAACAACUCCAUGGCAGUAGAUGUCCAAGACAAAACAUCUAAUCACAACACCAUGACACUUGAUGUCGAAGACAAAAUGUCCAAUCACAACCCCAUGACACAUGAUGUUGAAGACAAGAUAUCAAAUCACAACACCAUGACACAAGAUGUUGAAGACAAGAUAUCAAAUCACAACACCAUGACACAAGAUGUCCAGGACAAAAAUGCUGCCGAUGUUGAUUCAUCAAAGGCGGAAACUUCAUCUGCUCGAGAACAAAUGGCUGAUGAUGGUGUUAAAGACAUGAAUGGAAGAAAAGGUAGGGGUAACCGUAAUAACCAUGGAACGAGAACACCAGCAUAUCUUAAGCAGGUUUGGAAAGAUGAUCUGAAUUCAGGACAACUUGUUAUUUCACUAUUUGAACUGUUUGGGGAAGGGAUCAUGUCCUUCAUUCCAGCUCCUGAGAUGUCUCUGUUUCUAUAACUUUGUAACUUUCAUUAGAGAAUUUAAAACCUUAUGUUUAAAUUUUAUAGUACAAAAAAAUUGCAACU